CCGAUACGAAACCAAUCAACAUGGCCAAGAUCUUGCGCUUCCUCCAGUUCCUCGCGGUCGCCACGGCGGCCAGCUGCCUCACCACCGCCGACAAACGCGCUACAGGCGGGUACGUUCAGAACCCAUCUGGCUCUGCGUCCUUCACGCACUACUCCGGGUGCGGCCAGCCAGCAUGCGGUAUCCCCGCAUCGGGCUUCACCGCCGCAGUGAGCCAGCUCGCGUUCGGGUCGGGCCCCGGGCUCGGGCCAGGCGACGCGUGCGGGCGCUGCUUCGCGGUGACCGCGAACAAGGACCCCUUCUCGCCCGCCUUCACCGGCCCGUUCCACACGAUCGUCGUGAAGGUCACGGACCUGUGCCCGUCGCAGGGGAACGAGGAGUGGUGCGGGCAGUCGACGAGCAGCCCGAACAACCAGCACGGCGCCCCGGUGCACUUCGAUAUUUGCGAGGACACUGGAGGCGCGAACGCGUUCUUCCCGUCUGGGCACGGCGCGCUCACGGGGAGCUACACCGAGGUCUCGUGCAGCCAGUGGUCCGGCUCGGACGGCGGCUCGCUCUGGAACGGCGCGUGCAUCGCAGGCGAAAAGGCCGGCAAUUGGCCGGCGACCGGCUGCGGAAACAAGGGUACCGCGCCGUGAAGAGGAUGUAGUGCGGGCUGUAGGUUGUUUGUACGAGUGUCGCAAUCGAGAUCGCUUUCGCAGCUGUGGUGCACGCAGCACUGGUAUCCUGUCAAUGGCAGAUCAUCGGAAGUUCAC